AUGGCUCGAAGAGUCCGGUUCUCCGUCAGCCAGCCUAUAACUAUUGGCGGCUGGUAUAUUGCAUCGGCCCUUCUAAUUGGUCUCACCGUCGCGGUGCCUCGGGUGACGGACUUGCAUGGUAGACAGCUGACCCAGGCCUACUACUAUGCCAUCAUGGCGGCUGCCAUCUACUUCUUCGUCUCCUCUCUCCUACUGGUUACCGUCUAUGGCGCGAACACUGGACGCUACAGCAAACAUUUCCACCUCACCACCAGCCAGCGGUCGCUAAUGCUGCAGACAAUUCUCUACAUGAUGUACCUCCUGAUCGGUGCGGCCAUAUUUUCUCGCGUUGAGAACUGGAGCUAUCUGGAUGCCCUGUACUGGUCCGAUUUUACCCUUCUUACCAAUGGAAUCGGGGAUCUUGCUCCAGCGACACACCUUGGUCGAAGCCUUCUGUUCCCAUUUGCUGUUGGAGGAAUUCUAACUCUUGGUCUUGUUGUUAUGUCUAUCCGGUCGUUGAUGAUUGAAAGAGCGAGGACACAACUUACUGCAAGGACAACUGAAAAGACGAGGAAACUGGUUACCGAGCAGCUACAAUCUGGAGAUAUAAAGAAGCGAAUGCUUCAAUCGCUGGCGAACCAGGAUAACUCAUUGUCAGACAAAGAAUUGCAACAAGAAGAGUUCCAGUUGAUGCACCGAAUACACAAGACCUGUGCCUGGCAGCUGCGGUGGCUUUCUCUCCUAAUUUCAGCUUUCGCAUGGGCAGUACUUUGGCUGGUUGGGUCGGUUGCAUUCUGGUUGGCAGAACGAGAUGCUGGCUGGACAUAUUUCACCUCUCUAUACUUCGCCUACGUGAAUCUCCUGACAAUUGGCUAUGGUGAUGUUGUCCUUGGCCAGUCAUGGGGGAAACCAUUCUUUGUUCUAUGGUCACUUCUCGCUGUGCCGACCACCACCAUCCUAAUCUCAAGUAUGGGUGAUACUGUUGCAAAACUAUUCCACGAUGCCACAAUUUUUGCAGGAGAUUUAACUCUAUUCCCCCACGAGACUGGUAUCAAAAAUAGGCUGUUCUCCUUCAUACAUAGCAUGGUUGAAUCUCUGCGCCAUCGUGGACGCCGCACGGAGUAUAUUAACGGGCAGCCUAUCAGUGAUCAUCCUCACACAUACCACUCAGCUUCGAUAGAGAACUUGACCCCACAACACCCGGAAUAUCAGGAUGGAGGACUGUCUUCUCAAAGAUGGUGUGCAAUAGUACAUGAGCUUGGGAAGAUUUACAAUGAUCUCUCAUGCGACCCGCCAAAACAUUACACUCACGACGAAUGGUGCUAUUUCCUCGGUCUAAUAGGAAAGGGCUCGACGUCUAUCAGAGAAGCCGCCAGCCCUUAG